CAGCCUCCUGCCUGCGCUGACCGUCACCAUCGCGCUGACCCUGAGCAGCCGCGGCCGGGUGCUGCUGGCCCCCUGCACCGACACCGAUGUCGCCUUCGCCCCGGUCUCCCGCGAGUGCCCUUUCGAUCCCACCCGUGUCCACAGCUCCGUGUUGUCCCCUGGGGCCACCUCCCUCCUGUUCGACUCGAUGGAGGUUGUCUUCAGCACCCGCUGCCUCCUGCUCACCCUCCACCUCCUCUGCCUUGGCCGGGACGCACCAGAGGGAGGUGACUCCUGGUCCUGGGCUCGUGGCUCUGGGGUAGGACUAAGCCUCAUUCUCAUCGCUGCUGGUCUCCGUGCGGGGAGCCCCGACCCCGGGCAGGGCCUGGGCUUGCUGAGGCUGCA